UCCCCAACACAUCUCCAACACAGACACAAGCCGAGUAAUUCAACACUGAUUUCUCUCCCAACGAGCGAGGGGGACGACACGACAUGCCAAAAAGUGGAGCGAGAGCUAUCGCCCGGACUUCUGGAAAGCGUACACACUGAAUAAAAGAAGAAAGAGAGAAAAGACGAAGAAAGGGAAAAGUGGGAGCAGGGGGAACGGCGAAGAGAGACAACUGAAAGCUGUGUGCGCUUCGCUUUCGAACUUCCCGGAGCGCUGAGCGGCGUGCGGCGCGCGGCGGACAUGCAGCCCCGCAGCUAGUGCACCAUUGUUGAGAGUCAGCGCAGCGCUCAGAGUCAGACCCACUCCCACGGAGGACAGCGACGGAGCAGCGAGAGGCGGCACGGCAAGAACUCACCGAGAAAAGUGCCAAAUGAGUGCGCCACAUCGCUCUUAGAGCAACAUUUGUGUUUCUUCGUGUUCCUCCUCUUCCUCCUCCUCCUCCUCUAGGCUCUUCUUCACGUUGCUUUUUGGGAAUCGUUGGGACAAUUCCGCAGAAGCUGGAAGUGAGCAAUCCACAUGGUCCAGCCGCUGCCGUGAAAGUUGACUUCUUCGCAGUCUCCUAACAGGUGUCACGUGAUGAUGGUAGAAUCAGCAACUGAGACCAUUCGAACUACCCCCUCCACCCAGAAUGGAGUGAGCAGUCUGAGCAGCCAGUCGGACAGCGGUGGGAGAGAGGGCAGUUCCAAUGGUGACACCAAUGGGGAGAUCAGCCCCGUGGACUUACUGCACCUCCAGCAGCAGCAGGCACUGCAGGCAGCACGCCAGUUCCUGCUCCAACAGGCCACAGGGCUCAGCUCGCCCAGCAGCAACGAGGUCAAGCAGACCCCUGUCCAGGUACCUGUGUCUGUGGCCAUGAUGACCCCCCAGAUGAUCACACCCCAGCAGAUGCAGCAGAUCCUGUCCCCACCUCAGCUGCAAGCCCUGCUCCAGCAGCAGCAGGCGCUCAUGCUCCAACAGCUACAGGAGUACUACAAGAAGCAGCAGGAGCAGUUGCACCUCCAGCUUCUCACCCAGCAACAGCAAGCAGGAAAGCAGGCCAAAGAGCAGCAGCUGGGGAACAAACAGCUGGCCUUCCAGCAGCAGUUGAUCCAGAUGCAGCAGCUGCAACAGCAGCACCUCCUCAACCUCCAACGCCAGGGCCUGGUGGGCCUGCAGCCAGGACAGGGGGCCGUGCCCAUGCAGAGCCUCCAGCAAGCCAUGUGCCCCGCCGACCUGCAGCAGCUGUGGAAGGAUGUGGCUGGCGUGCCGAGUGCCGAGGAAACCUUGAAGCACGAAGGCCUGGACCUGAGCACCACCAGCUCCAACUCUACCUCAUACUCGGCCUCUAAGGUCUCACCUCAGAUACCCCACCACUCUCUGCCAAAUGGACAGAACUCUGUUCACACUCCAAAGAGAGACAGAGCAAGACUCUUUGAGUGGAUCUCGUCGUUCUCCAAGGCCGAGCCCGCCGAGGAGCACCUCACGCCUCACUCAAAAGGCGGGUACCUGCAGAGCACCCAUUCUCUCUAUCCCAUAUUCUGCAGCUCGUCCCAUGAGGAGCACACGGGCUCACACCCUCUGUACGGACACGGCGAGUGCAAAUGGCCUGGGUGCGAGGCCCUCUGCGAGGACAUGGGCCAGUUCAUCAAGCACCUGAACAGCGAGCACGCCCUCGAUGACCGCAGCACAGCACAGUGCAGGGUGCAGAUGCAAGUAGUGCAGCAGCUGGAGAUUCAGCUGGCCAAGGAGAGCGAGCGGCUGCAGGCCAUGAUGACCCACCUGCAUAUGCGCCCCUCGGAGCCAAAGCCUUUCAACCAACCUCUGAAUCUGGCCUCCAGCGCCUCCCUUAUGAAGCGAGACACCGAAGCUUACCCGGAAGGGUUACCUCAUCCCCCCACCUCAGCGGCGACCCCCAUCACACCGCUGCGCCAGGGCCCCUCUGUCAUCAGCUCCUCCAGCCUGCACAGUGUGGGGCCUAUCCGACGCCGCAAUUCAGACAAGUACUGCACCCCCAUUGCUUCAGAACUUGCGCAGAACUGCGAGUUCUACAAAAAUGCGGAUGUUAGACCUCCUUUCACCUACGCCUCACUCAUACGACACGCCAUCUUGGAAGCCCCUGACAGACAGUUGACCCUCAACGAGAUCUACAACUGGUUUACGCGAAUGUUUGCCUACUUCAGGAGAAACACGGCAACAUGGAAGAAUGCUGUACGCCAUAACCUGAGUCUGCACAAAUGCUUUGUGCGAGUGGAAAACGUGAAGGGAGCCGUCUGGACCGUGGACGAAGUCGAAUACCAAAAGAGGAGACCACCAAAGAUGACUGGAAGCCCCACUCUGGUGAAGAAUAUGAUUUCAGGACUGGGAUUCGGAUCCCUCAACGCCAGCUACCAGGCGGCGCUGGCGGAGAGCAGCCUCAACCUGCUCAACAGUCCCACCAUGGUGAACACUUCCUCCGGCGGGAGCCUCAACAUGCUCCACGUGGGUCACGAUGAUGUCAGCAGCACCGUGGAGCAGGUUAACAGCAAUGGCAGCUGCAGCCCUGGACUCUCCCCCCAGCAGUAUGGCAGCCAUCAAGUCCAUGUGAAGGAGGAACCUGCAGAGAUGGAGGAGGAUAGCAGACCUGUGUCUCUCAUGGCAACGGUCUCCCAGAACCUAGCUUUACCUGGUGAUGAGCGGGAGAUGGAGGAGGAGCUUCCUGCAGAGGAGCUGGAAUAAAGGGGUGGGGUCUAAACUAAAGGGGUGGAGCCAAGCAUAGAGGGGUGUGGCAUGACCAUUCCCACCAAUGUAAAGUAAAUCCACCACGAAAAGAGAUCACACAAGGAAAAGUAGAAACAAUACAAAAUGCAAGAAAAUGACCAACAAAAAAAAGCUAACAAAACAGGGUUAGACCUCGUAUGUUCUCAUUUGCUCUGCAAGUCCUUGGAAAAAAGCUCAUGGAGACAUUGCUGCAGUUUCUCUUUCUACAUAGUCCAUUUUUGUUUCUACAAUUGCAUAUAUUUGGUCCCCUACCCUUCCAUUACUUUCCCGGUAUUCUGACACUUUGCCCGAGACAUUGACCGCAUGUGGAUGUGACUUUCCUCUCAAAGACACCCAGUUGCUCUGAGGGUGUGAGCUGCCCACCUCCCCCCAAAACCCCCCCGCCCCCGACUACACAUCCAACACAGACAGCGGAUACACGCAACCAAGUGUUCGACAUUGGAGCCAGAGGGACAUUUUGUCAGGUGGAGUUCGGCGUGCAGACAGCAGGUGUGGCGUAGUUGUCAAUGCAAGCAAACACACCAAAACAUGUAUAUAUUUUGGAAAACGUAUCUGAGGUAGCUACCUCUUUUCAUGAUUCCUAAAAAUUAUUUUUACCCCCAAAAUGCCGCUGUGUUUCGACGUGGAGGGGCAGCGGUGCUUUCUCAAGAUUACCUCAGAAAUGUGCUCACAAAAUGAAAUCACUGAUCAAUAUCUGAAACUGAGUUACUCUGUCAAGUGUUCCAGAUAUUUUUAUUACCACCCUUUUUUCAUUUCGAGGAGAUAUCUGGACAGCUGGAUUAGGCGCAGAUUUCAUUUGUUAACAGAGAAACCGCUAAUGAAAAAGCAGCAAGAGAACGGUUUCGGGCAGCACGCAGGAGGACUUUCCGAUAGACAUCCAUGUCGUCUGUAAAAAUCUUGUUUGUCCACUAUUUUUUAUCUUUUCAUUGCAGGACUUGAAGUGGGG